UAAUUUUCUCAAAUAUGCUUUUGGAAAAAAGUAAAGUUCAAGAGUUUGUAUUUAAAUUGGCAAAGUUGAAUAAACAUGAUAAAACUUUUGACCUAUCGGAUGUAAUCUUCACCCUUAGCCAAGGUCAGGUGAUAUCGGACAAAGCGCGCGCUUUCAAAUCAGCUGUUACAUAAUUCCCCGAGCUUUGUUUACAUGACUAACCUGAAUCAAGCGCUGCGUGCAUAUGCGUGCUUUAGGCGGCUUGUUUAGCUUCCUGUAAUUCCUGACGCACUCACCCUAACGUGUAAGGUCAGAUCUAGAUCUCAGCUCUGUCAGAGUACGAUUAAUUUACUGUGUGCUAGUGGAGCUGCCCUACCCUGCACUGCCACUGCAUGCUGCACUGCUCACAAUAUAUUCUCAGUUUCUCACUGCUCUGAACUACUGAAGUGCUUUGUCUGGAUUUUUUUUUGCCGGGUGAACGAGUCUGUGAUUUUUGAAGACGUUAAAAAAGGAUGGAGAUUCUUAAUCAACAAUCCUGGGGCACUCUCCUACUAGCCUGUGUGAUAGGACUAUUAAUCUACUCGAUGGAAGUUGAUGGUGAACCCGUUGCAACGUACCUUGGCCAAAGGAACCAGUUCCUGAAGAGCGAAAUCGGGGAGGGCGUUGGAGCCAAACUGGUCCUUAAUGAGAAAGAGAAGAGAGUGGACGAUAUUUUGCUAGCAGCGAAGAGGAAAGAGGUCGCACAGGGUUUUUCAGAGACUUUUCCACCGACAGUGAACUUCUUAACAGGAAAACCGUUGGUUGAAAAAAGUGCUGUAUUUGACAUCAUCAAGAGGAUGCCAAAAGGGGGCAUCCUUCACAUCCACGAAAUAUCGAUAGCCGACCCUUGGUGGGUGGUUCAGACCAUCACCUAUCUCCCGCACCUAUACUACUGCGUCUCGGAUGAUUAUUUCUCGUCCCUCCGCUUCAAGUUUGCCGGGACCGUGCCGCAGGAAAAGCCGGUAGCAUGCAAGACGGAAUGGGCCCUCGUCUCUGAGUCGAGAGCAGCACUGGGUUCCUCUUAUUUUGAUCAGUUACUGUACCACAACCUGACAAUGGUUACCGAUCAACCCGACGAGGUGUACCCUAACACCACCAUGUCCUGGCUUCGGUUCCAGCAAGCUCUUUUAUCUUUGACAGACCUGUACUUCAGCGUGACCUCGUUUGACCUCUUCGUGAAGCAGAGCCUUCUGCAGAUGAUCCAGGACAACGUCCAGUACGUGGAGAUCAGAACGGUGCUAUUUCCGCUUCAGGAAUUGGAUGGGACAAUUCACCCACCCGAGUACACCUUACAGCAGUAUAUCCGGAUUGCUGAAGAGUUCAAGCAGCAAUACCCAAAUGAUUUUGCAGGACUCAAAAUAAUAUCAUCUUCCAUCAGACACCCAGUCAAUAGACCUCUCAUCAAGGCCCAGGUCCAGCUUGCUAUGGACCUACGUAAGAAGUACCCAAACUACUUUGCUGGUUAUGACCUGGUUGCGCAGGAGGAUGGCGGUGGACCUUUGGUAGACUACCUCAACGAGCUUCUUUAUCCAUUAGAGGUUGGAUCUGACCUACCAUUCUUUUUCCAUGCCGGUGAAACAAAUUGGCAGGGUACGUUUGUGGAUGACAAUCUUAUUGAUGCGGUUCUCCUCAAUACAACUCGUAUUGGACAUGGCUAUGCCAUCAAUAAACAUCCUGCUGUCCUGGAGGUCGUGAGGUCAAGGGGCAUUGCCAUAGAGCUAAACCCAAUAUCAAAUCAGGUGCUUCACUUGGUGCAUGAUUUGAGGAACCACAUAGGAGCUAGUCUUAUUGCCGAGGACUACCCAGUGGUCGUCAGCUCGGAUGACCCCGCAGCCUGGGGGUCGUUGCCCCUGUCACAUGACUAUUACAUGGCUUUCAUGGCCAUGUCCAGAGAAACUACAGGGUUGACGCUUCUCAAGCAGCUAGCUUUGAACACGUUCAAGUACAGUGCCAUGACAGCAUCUGAGAAGGAAGCAGCCAAUGAUUUAUGGCAAGCCAAAUGGAAUAUCUUUCUGGAUGAGACACUUGCUAAGUAUGAACUUACUGAGACUAUGCCAAAAGAGGAGCUGUGAGUAUAGAGAGUAAGGUUGAUGCAUUGGUGCUAAUGUUUAGUCAAUUAGUCUUAAAAUAUUUGAAAGUGGAGGUGCUAAUAUUUAGCUGUUAAAGUACAUGCAAGUAUCAGGUAUCUAGUUUAUUUGUUGUCUUCCAGAAAUUACAUGUAACAAAAUAUAACAGAGUAUAAUCAUAACAGUACAAUAUAGAAUAAAGAAAGACGAGGAGACCUUGGUUGAGGCACAGCUUGUCAACUUAAGGCCCCCUCACGUGAUGUGACAAAGAUAACUAAUUCAUGAAUACAACAACAAAUAAUACAUGGAAUAUAUAAAGCUAUUUACAAAAUACACUCAGAAAACAACUUCCCAAUGAUGCAUUGACCACAACAAGUAUAACAGAAGAUGAAUCCAUCUUUAGCUCUUAUAGUUUCUAAAUCAUUUUUUAAAUCAUUUUUAUUGAACACCCUGUAUAUAUGAUUCCCCUUCAUUUAUUAUGAUUAUUAGCUAUCAGUGAUUUGGUAUCGCCUAUGCCUGGGAAGGGAAAAGCAACCUGAAUUACAAAUUUGCAAUGGCCCUCGGGUCACUCCUCCUCAGGGAAAAAAUCAAUAUUUAUUUCUCGGGGGCUACUUUUCAAGCUUGCCUGCAUAAAAAUAACACUCUAAAAUUUGUUUUGCAUUGAACUCUAUGCAAAUUUACGAGGACUCUUUUGGGCAUUUCGGGGGCAAAUUCGCCUCGAGCCCCCUUGUAUUUUUUCACUGCUCCUCCUGGUAUAAAAGCUGUAUUUGAAAGGCCUGGGACGAAUAGCAAUUUUACUAUUCAAACAUUCAUGCAAUUUCAUGCAAACUGCCAUCUGCACACAGGUAUUAAAAUAUUUAAAAUAUUUGAAAUACCAAAUACCAAAUUGAAUGCAUAAAUCUUUGUUUAGCACCAUGUUACAAAUUAUUUCAUUCACCUGUUAAUUAUAACUGUAUCCCGAUAGUCGGAAUACGAAUUGCAUACAAUGCAAGUUGUUAGGCAAGACAAGCUAUAAUGUUUGUCCUACCUAGCAACAAUUAAUGUAACGAGGCACUUAACAAAGAUUUGUGAAUUAAAUUUGAUUGCAUUACGAAAAUGGCCUAUAAAGUGUUAUCUAUUUUGUAAAACUUACGGUAUCCAAUAUCAUGUUUGCAAGGUGUCGAUAAGGAGCUUUUGUAGUGAGAUAUUGUUAUAUCAUGAAAAAUAUGAGAAAAAUUUGGAUAUAUACUGUUAAAACCUCUGCCAACAAGUAAUUUUUUUUUACACAAGAUCAUGUAAACAAUGAUGCAGUAGUUGAAAUAUAAUAUGAAUGCAUAAAUGUAAAAAUGUUAUCAAAUUUUAUUAUGAAGUUGGAUUGAAUAUGCAAAACGAGCUAUCAUAAAAUGAUGGGCAUU